AUGUGGAACUACUUGCUUGCAUCGUGCCUCGUGUUAUUCGUGUCGUUGCUGUACCAUUUUUAUUUCAACGGUCCGGCCAGCAUUGUCGAGCGUCCCAACACGCAUUACGAUUACAUAAUCGUUGGUGCUGGAACAGCAGGAUGCGUACUAGCAUCACGUCUUUCUGGAAUUUCGAACGUGACCGUGUUGGUGGUCGAAGCUGGAGGACAUUUUGGAUGGGUGUCGACUGUUCCAAUUUUGGCGCCAGUUAUGCAAGGGACUGACGUUGAUUGGUCGUAUUCCACGGAACCGCAAAUGUUCUCGUCGAAAGGAUUUUGGAACAAUGUACAAAAGGUUCCAAGAGGUAAAGGGUUGGGCGGCAGCGGCCAGAUGAAUCAUUUGGUUCACUCCUUUGGAAAGCCGGAAGAUUACAAAGUCUGGCCUAAGGGAUGGUCACAUGCCGAUCUACUUCCGUAUUUUAAAAAGGUGUCCGAUAUCAUGAACGUAAUGUCCAGCCCGGAGGAGGAAUAUCUGGCGGAAGCUUUUCUCAUGGCGGAAGAAUCGUUGAAGUUGAAUAAUGUGACUUUACAAAAGGGGCUGUUCACUACUAAAAGAGGUUCCCGUUGGAGCACGUUUAACGCGCAUUUACAAAACGCUUGGAACAGAAGGAACUUACACAUUUUGAUGAACACGCUGGUCUCGAAAAUACUUUUCAAAGAGAACUCAAUCGCAGACGGGAUCAAGGUGAUUUACAAAGAUGGAUCGGUGGGAAAGAUUGCCGCGAGGAAAGAGGUGAUUCUUUGCGCCGGUGCUAUCAAUACGCCUCAAUUGCUUUUGCUUUCGGGAAUCGGGCCAGCCGAAGAUCUUGACAAAUUCCAGAUACCGGUGGUGAGCAAUCUUCCGGAAGUGGGCAAGAAUCUUUUCGACCAUUUUAUGCUUCCGGUUUAUGUUAAUCUCGAGGCAAAAGUGAGCAUGACUUUAGUGAAGCUACAAACGCUUCCUGAAGUACUCAAUUACUUCGUUUUUGGAAGAGGAUGGUACGCAACCAACGGUAUAAUGGCCGUUGGUCGAACCAAUAAUAGCGGUGUGAUGCUUUUCGGAAUGGGUUCCACCGAGGAGAGAUUGUUAAAAUCCAUGUCUAAUUACAAAACUGAGCCUUACAGGUCGAUGUAUCCAUCGUACAACGACAGCUCACAGGAAGGAUUUCUGUUCCUGUCGUUUUGUCUACAACCAAAGAGUCGCGGAAGCAUUUCACUUAGGUCGAAUAAAAUUCGUCAACAACCGAGAAUCGAUCCUGCUUAUCUUCAACAAUACGACGACGUUCUGUGCACCCAUCACGCUGUAAAUUUCGCGCUUCAGACGCUCGAAACACCAAAGUUUCGUGAAUACGGCGCGAAGGUUCAUCAUCCUGAUCUAGAAGAAUGUCAACAUCUGCCGCAAGACUAUCGAAACGUCGAAUAUACGGAAUGUGUGAUGAGAGUUGGCGGACUCACGAGCUAUCACAUAUGUGGCAGCUGUAGGAUGGGUAGUGACGAUCGUUCGGUCGUCGAUGAGAAAUUGCGAGUGAGAGGCGUUAGUAGACUGAGAAUAAUAGACGCCAGUGUAUUGCCAUCUCCCAUUUCUGGAAAUCCGAAUUCCGUCCUGAUUGCCAUGGCGGAACGAGCCAGCGAGUUAAUCGCCGAUCGUAAAUUGAGUUAA